UACAUGUUUUACAAAAGACCGUGGCUGGUUCACGGUCUUUGUUAUUACUGUUCACGGCCCUUUUUAUGACAAAAUCUCAGUUCAAAUCAAGUCUUCUAACUGUCUUAUACAGCCUGCAGUCAGUGAAGACAGCGGCCUGUUUAUGGGUUGGGACAAAAAGAACCAAUUCCUACACUCACUAACCUUUAGAGAAUCGUAGUAUAAUUUUAGCUUUUUUUCGAGAUUUUUAUGCGUAUUUUGAUAAAUAUAACUGGAUACAUCAGUACGGCUAACAAAAGCGAAUCUAGAUCUAGCUUGUAGAUUCGAAGAUCGUUUUGUUUACUGCAGGUUUUGAUACUGCAAUAAUUGUAUCACGUAAUACCAUAUCGUUUGAAUUACGUUCAUAGUGAAGCUGUACCUUUCGCGACUUCUCCCUUCUGGCCAUAAAAUCAACACGAAGAAUUAUACAUGAUCUGGGCAUGGACGUGCAUACGGUUAUCAAACAUCUUCUCUGCCUUAUACUUGUAAAUGUAUGGACGAUACCGUCCCAUGUCUACAAAAGCCAUCAAUACGUUCGUCCUCGGCCUAGAAGAAUUUUCCAGAGAUUGCCCAUGCCGAGCGAGGUGUUCAUGGACAACAGACACCUACGACAAGGGCACGGCCCGCCCACCACAGGGACUCGGGAUCACAGACCGCGGGAGCGCGUGCGUCCUAAAAAAAUCAGAAGACCUCAGCAGAUGGAAGAGCUGGCUCCUCGUAGAGGUUCCUUCCAGGAAUACCAGUUGCAGCGUGAAAAGGCAAGACGACAGAACACGUUGGCCGCCAUUUUGGCAGAACGAGAACUGAGCAGUAUCAUGGAAGACAAGGACCCAGAAGGGAUAGAGAAGGAAGACAGAGAAGCAGUGCAGGAGGAGGAUGAAGAAGAGAAAGCCGAGGAGGAGGAGGAGGAGGAGGAGGAAAAGGAAGAGAAGGGAACUGUUUGGAAAACGAAAGAAAAUAAAGAAAAAAAUGCUGCAACCAAGACAUCGAGGGGCGGAGCGACAGACGACGAGAGAGAGGAUUGGCUAAGAUGGAAACAUUCUCAAAGCGAUCACCAUAGGGUCUUUUCCGAAUAUCCAAUUAGCCUCAAGGAAGGGGUCAUAGGCGGUGGCCCUGGAGGCAGAGAGACCGACGUUAGCCUUGAGUACGAGGAGGAGAUUGUGAAGGAUAAAGGUGGAGUCGGCCCCGAGCGAGGGUUCUUUCAGGGGAACAGUCCCAAAGGCGCAAAGACUGAAGUGGGCAACCCACCCUACAAUGUCAUCGCUGCCGUAGUCUCCUUCAUUUGGAUAGUCAACAUCAUCUUCCUCUCGUGGCUGUUCUGCGGACGAGACAACGUCAUGAAGAUUCCACCUGAGAUUGAGGACCGAAUUCUUCUUUCGGGCCCCAAGCACACAAAAACCGAGCAGAGACAGCCUGGAACGGAUUUUUGCGGUGACUGCGAAGACUUGGCUCUUAAAGUCGACAAAAAAGUGGAAGCAAAUGCGUCUGUAACGAGAAACAGACACGAAGGUGUUGGAAUCUGUCAAAGGGCAACUCGUGGCUUUCCUUUCAGCGGUCUACGAGACUCGCAUCGCCGUUCAGAUCGCCACACUCUGAAAACUACCGCACGGCAGUCGCCCAUCAGUGCAAGGAAUAGCCAGUCGAGCCGCCUCUUCACCAAAUCGUCCCUAAGAGAAGAGAAGAAAGGCUUGUCCAUUUCGCAACGCUUGCAUUAUGGCGGAACAGGGACACGUCUGUCCAGUCAGUCAUGGUACCAGCCCCGCGAUCCGUACCCGGAACUCAAGUUUUCGACUUGCCCAGAGCGUCAACAUGUGAGAACCCCCCAGCUUCAACAACCCGUUCUGGCCUCUCCUGUGACUCAUGUCGCUCCUGUAACUUCUGGAAAAGAACCAUUGGUCAAUCAAGAGGAAGAGGAAUGUACAUUCCAGAAGAAACGUAUUAUCCUGUCAGGAGAAUCAUCGAAAGAAGAAGAGCAAGUAAAGAAAGAAAGAGACGAUGCUGUCCAGAAGGAGGUGAAGAAGCUACAGAGGGAAGUGUCUGAGAUGAAACAGGACGUGGAGGAGUUUAAACAGGAUAAACAAAAGAAAGAGAGCCCUUCCCAUGUACCCAUAGCGGGAGACGUGCCCAUGGAAGGGCAGGCCGCUGUAUCAGAAGCAAAAAGCCUGCCGAACCACAAUUUGUCACAGCAAAUGUCACCACACGCCGGUUCGAUACUUCGACAUCGCAAGCCCAACAAGAAUAAACAUUGUUCACAACACGACGUAAAAGAGAAACACGAUGUAAAAGAGACGACCAGGUUGACCCCCACCGUUGACUGGCAUGUGUACGACAUAAGAAGCUUUGCUACAAUACCAGAGAGGGUUCUGGAGGUCAUGACCUGCCCACGAAGCGAUGACUGUGGCCAUGACCAUUCACGCUACAGAGUGGUGGGAUGCAAAAUCUACGUCAGCCCGGAAUUUGCGGUGGAGGAUCCGAACAAUAAAGACGGCUGCGCUCAGGUUACUGAACUAAAUAAUGAAAUACUAAAAGAUAUUCAGGGCAAGACAUCUGAGGUUAAAACCUCCGAGAAUUGCGUUCUAAAUAAGAACAAACCUUCGUCCAUGCAAGACACAAGUUCAAAAGGCUCCAAAGCUUCACAAAGUGUGAAACACUUUCCAAAAAGGAAGCCAAAACAGCCUGCCACAGGUGCAUCUCUCUUGACUUUUGAAAAACAAACUACUUCUUCUGAGAACCUGCCCGAUGGGUGUGUAAACUUCACGAAGUCAUUGUCUUCCAUUGAAGAAAAGAUAUGGGAUGAUAAGAAGAACCAAGCUUCGUUAAGAAAGAGACACUACACGAAUAAAGCUAUGAAUACAGAUCAAAACAAAGUAUAUUCCUCUCAAAUGCCUGCUGAUCUCCGAAUCACCAAAUCUCAAAAAAAGGAAAUGCAUGAAAUGUGGACUCAAAUGUCCCUUUCUAGUGUUGCAAAAGACGAGACGGCGCCGAAUGUAUUAGACACGUCAACACAAGUCAGCUUGUUCCAAGAGAAAAAGCCACUCACCAUUAUAGCACAAGGAAAACACAACAGCCCACCAUGUCCUGCAACUGAAAGGAAACGAGAGCGAAAGGAAGCAGCCUCUAAACACUGCGAGUACGACAUGAAGAUUCGCGCAGAGAGGGACGGGACUCAGGCAGCAGACAAAAACAAAGCAAGUGUGAUACACUCGGAAGUUCACAUUUCCACCUCCCAUCAUAUAUCAUCUCCAUCUUUUAACGCUAUCUCUCAAUUCACCAAACGCUACACACACACGUACCCUGUGGUCAGCCAGAAUCACCGCCCCGUGCUGUCACCAGGCGGUAUGAGUGGAGAGCCCGUGAACAAAAUAGAGAUGACCCCAUUGCACGUUAGUCCCGUAGUUCAGAAAGAGCAGAAGAUGCCACCACCGCCGACAGGGUAUCACAUCAGAAAUGACUUUAGCACUUCAGAAACAACCAUGGAGGUACUGAAGAUAAAGCAAAAGAAAGACAAGAAGAAUCCAUUUCGGGAGGACAGUCCAGUCAAAAGUCCCCCGAGAAAGAAAAACCGGCAGAAAAAAGGCCUGGAGGAAGAGAGAGGAAUCUCUCGAAGCCAGUUGUAUGCUAUGUCGGCGCGCAAACCCUCUGCAUCUAGUGGGAAAAGUCCUCCGGUUGGUUCUCAAAGCACAAUCCUGUCAACGGAAAAAGAAAAGGAGGGUAGGGCGAACAGGGAAAGAACAAACAAAUUCCUGAUUAUAGGUAAACUGAAUUAUUUGAGAUCCGGAGGUAGCGAUCGUAGAGAAACUAUGGUUCCAAGACAUGUUCCAUUCCUGAAAUAUGCUGACGACAAAGCUGACAAAUCAAACGUGAAUCAGGAUAUCCGAUGUGUGCCCUCAGGAAGAUCUAGGAAACAUUGCCAUACCUUUAGGUUGUGCAAUACUAGCCGCUCAGCUCACGAACAAGCAAAGAAACUAAGGCGACGGUCAAAGUACGAGAAGAAAGCAGCAAGUCCUAAAAAGACUUCCCGCUACUUCCCCCUAUCCAAAAACUCCAUCUUAUACUAUUACAAGCCACUGUCUCCAAACGUUAAGAGUAACAAGACCCCUCGUCAUUCCCAACGCAGACACCACAGUUCUUCAGCACAGACAAGACACGGAAACAAAAACCUAAAUCACAAUGCAUUCACUGCUUACGGUAAAGCCAGAGGUUACACACCAUCUUGGCGCUUUUCUAAACUCCCACUCCAUGCCAUUAUCAGUUGUAACAAAAUCUCGCCAAUCUGCGGUCUGAAUACGAACACAAAUGCUGGAGGGUCUGAGGAGGCAACAGCUGAAAUUGAUGCUGUUCCACAGGUAGAAGUAAAUAAACCAGUGGAAAAUGCUGUAUGUCUGGAGGAAUGUGAACAGUUGGCUUCCGCGGCAAAGACUGUAGAAGAUGAGUCUGAUGUUGUCGUUUUCACAUUUCACGAGUCUGCAGAUUUAGAGCCACAAGACCCUGCCCACUCUAGUUCCCCUACUCUUGGUGCAAAGACAUUGGUGGUAGAAGGCAGGCAAACAACCCUAGAGGAAAACAAACAGGACACAGUAGAGGGCAGUGCAGCCAGCACUGAGUUACCUCUUAUCAAAGAUGAAAGCAUCGAAAGUGGAUUGUCUGAAGAAACAGAACAAAAGUCCAAGAAAGACGCAAUACAGAAACAGUUUGUAAAAAACAAAAAGAAGACAAAGACGUCCGAAACAUUAUUUAUUAAAUUUGAGAGCAGUGUAUCCAAAAAGUUUACAACGACCACUGUAAUCAAAGACGCCAGAAAGACCUCAUCGGGCCACAACCCCCCCGGGGCCACUCAGUCCAAGUCAGACCACAGACAACAAAGCUAUCAGUCAGAGUCAAAGACUGGCAUGAACAAUCUAGACAAAAGUCAAGCCGCAGUUCCUGCCAACGCGUCCCCUCUUCGGCACUCUAAAAUUCUGAAGUUUCCAGACGGGCCACUGAACAUUGCAGAUGUAACAGAUAAGCCUGUUCUGGUUGGUGAAGUGCCGGAGAUGCACAAAACGGAAACUGAGCCAGACCUCAUUCCAUUAAAUGACCUCUGUAACAGUGGUAAACAGGACCUCCAGACAGAACCCCCGGCGGGAGGAAAAAAUUUACCUGCAGUAAAGCGUAUCGUGAGAAGCGUGCAACUCGAAACCAAACCAAUACCUAGUCCAGUCGGUCGUUCAAACACAGACAGCCGAAAUGAGCCUGAAGCUAAUGCUACGACUAAAUUUGUGAAAGACGAACAGUCUAAACCUGCAUCUCUGACAUCCUCUGGUCAAACUAGAGGGAAAUCUGGUUCGUCAGGGCAAAACAUAUUUGUGCCCAACUCCGACACAUACGAUCUACCAAAACAGGUGAGUAUUCCCAGUGAAACAAUGAGAGGAGAUACGCCUGAAGAUGAAAUGAAGUGGGAAAAUAAUCAGGGAGAGAAACAAGAGGAGAAGAGCCAGAUAGAAAGUACAUCGAAAAAAAUUAGACCAGUUAAAUCAGAUGCUAAAAACUCUGGUGGUCAACACCGAGGGUCGAAAAAAGAGAAAACAAAAGGUCAUAAAAAAUCUGGAAAGAAAAGAGCCCAGAUUCCCAGUACUGGGGUGAGGUGCAGGUUGCGUUUUGCUAAAACUAAGGACAAGAAAGCUUUCAGUGACACGGAGGAGUCCGGUGCAGUUCAAAGUGACACGAAGAAGACAAAGAGCAUGAAACACGCAGAGAAAGAAAAGAAAAAAAAAGGGAUAAUCAGAAUCCCGUCGGCAAGUUAUGAUGGGUCUCGGGUCGCCAGUCAGACAACAGUAAAAAAGACUACGUCUUUGUCCUUGGACAGAAAAACGCCAAGAAGCAGAUCAGGGAGUCCAGCUAAUUAUCCACUCCUAAGCAGGUCUGCGAGUACGUCUCUAUCUCCUCAAAGGAAGGACUUCCGCAGCCUUAGCGGUGCGCUAGUAGAGAAACAUGGUGAAAAAGACAGGCCCUGUUUAGCUGAUGAAUGUGAAAGUAAAGCAUAUAAACAAGACUUUAGAAGACGUGCUAGUUCAGAAGAUAGUUCUGCCAAGCCAGAAUGGAAACGUGAGUGGAAGGUUCACCACCAGGACGAAGAGCGUGCUCCUUCCCCAUGCCGAAAGCCAAGUCGAGAGAGCAGAGACCGCCAGCUGAGCCCGGACAAGAACUUGGAUGAGGGAGAAGCUGCUCUCAGAUCUGCCCACUCUUCACCCGCAUGUGCAGAAGCAGAGGAUCUAGCAGCAACUGUUGCCGCCCAAGCUCUUUCAAACGCUAACAGUAAAAAGCAAAAGAAAAGUAAUUCCGAUCUUAAAGAGGCAGAACUUGGCUGGAACAGUUCACCUAUCUCAGAUUGUCAAGAAAAGACAUCUGUGCGAGCAAAGCCUAGGCCGCCCAAGAAAAAGCUGAAGUACAAGCUAGUCAAAGCGAAACCGAAGCAGCCACAAUCCGAUUUAAAGAUCCCCUUAGAUCUCGAAAUGCCGUCUCCUCAACGCGACGUUUCUCCGUCUCUCAACAUGAGAGAAGCUGGUGAUAACGCGGAAAAAGCAAACAAAGAUAUGAAAAAAUCCGAAUUCACAGAGGCUGAAAAAAUAUUGCCUACGGAAGGAAGGGUGGUGCAGUUUUCGGACAGUGUCGAAACAUUUGGAGCCAGUUCCACAGACGGUGCUGUAGGUGGACAAGAUUUUGAUGGAAGCCUCCAGAGAGACGAGGAGUCUUUUGUUUUUCCCAUCAACUCACCACAAAAUCCGAACUCCCAGAUGCAGGCUCAGGAUGCUUUCUGUAGUGACGUUGACGUUUCGGACGUCCAAAAAGUCACAGAACGGACCAAACCACCUCAAGUACAACCCCAUCCUCUUCCUAAAAGAAAGAUUCCCGUGUGGGUUCGGAAUAAGAAUAAAACAACUCAAAAGGAGGGAACAAAAAUCAAGCGGAAACAGUCUCCCAUUAGCGGGAAGGAUCCAAAGCUUUCUUUCCACACGCGCUCCCAUUUGGCUGGCACUACCCUUAGAUAUCACCUGUCCCCGAAAACUCCACCUCAGCAAGACAACACAUCUGUGGUUUACAACACGAAGGUGAACAGUGCUUUCGAGCUGAAGCCACUUGAUAAGUCCACAAGGAAGAUUAUCUCUGAGAUCGGUUCUCCAGUUGACAUCAAAGAGAUCAUCGAGGGCAGUUCAGUUGACGCCCCAGAACACCAGGGAAAGCGCCGCUCAUUUUCUGGAAUCUUGGCCACCAAAUCUGCCCCGCACGUGGGAAUCAAGAAGGCAAAGCAACUGGAUUCGAAGGAUUACGUUGAACCUUUUGCAGGGAGGCGUCCGAAGAGCGCGUUUGACAAAGCUGGUUUUGCGAGCAAGCGCCUAGCUCUGAAGAAACCUGAUGGGUCGACAGAAGCUGGUGCGGUGCGGCUACCUUCAGCUGGAGAGACUACUGACGGAAACACAAGGGUGUUGACACGAAGAGAGGGAAGUCCCAAGGCACAGAGGAGCCCUCGACUCUCCCACUCCACAGAUUUGGACCAGGCUGCCGGAAUAAAGAUCAAACCAGUGACCUUCUCAAAGAGCGUUCCUCACUGGAGCAGACCCCCUCGCCGGGAUUUCAAAGGGACCAAAAAGCCCAAAAGUGCGUCUAGCUUGGGUAGCGCGGGUGUGGACGGUCUCUCACUCUCAGCUGACCAGGCCAGCCGCGAGGCGAACACAGACGGACUCCAAUGCAGUGACAGGAUGGACUUUAAUGUACUGAACUUGAGUUUGUCGUGGGUAGUACAAGGAGUGCUGAACAAACUAUCUUCCCUCAACUUUUCACGGCUUCGUCGUCCCCAAGAUGGAGUGAAUGCGGCUGGCGACUCCACCCCGGCACAGGCAGGCGUGCCCACAGAGAUAAACUGACCUCUUACUUAGGAUUGGAAGCUAGGUGUUCACCGAUAUCUCUAAUUUAUUCUAGGCAAGGAAACAAGAAGAGAGUAAGGAGAUAAACUGCACAUAUUAUUCUGCGAGGACACAAGUCAGUCAAAUUGUCGAGUAUAGACGCAAAACCACGACAUUGUAUGCUUCUCUGCUUGACAGGGUGGAGAAUAAUAAACUUUUGGGGAUUUUACUCUGUGAAUGUAUAGGGUCUGGGAUGCCAUAUAUGACAACGCGUUUCGGAAGAAUCGUGAACUUAUCGUGUUCCUCGCAAAGCUAGUAGUCAACCCAAAUCUGAACGGAUCCAUUCUCGAUUACUAAUCUUGCAACACAAGAUUAUGAAGUUUAUGAAGGUUUAGGUACAACUUCUCAGAUUAUGAAUGGUCCUAACUUCACCCAAAUCGCAGUGAGGAGGUUGUUACAUUACAGUAUUCUUUUACUGUUUUGGGAGAUAUCUUGAGCAAAGAAAAGAAAGGACUGUUCUCUAAUUAGGGGGUUGGGGUCACAUGUUAUAGACAUAUGUCACAUCUCUUGUAAUCUUUUUAUAAAUGGAGAUGUAAAGCAAGGACUUAUAUAAACUAUUGUUUCAGAUAUAAUAUACAAACUUGAUUUUUUUUCAAAAGAAAUAUUACAUAUAAUAUGGAAUCUAAACCUGUGUUGCGUAAUUUCCUCUAGUCAUAACAUGCUCCAUCCUUUGUGUUCGUUGGUGUCUCAGUAAGAUUAGUUGCGAACGUAAAGCGCAGUACCUUUUGAUAAUAAAGUUAGACACAGCAUGACUACUCUAAACACCAAGAAAACUAGAUCUUCCUGCUGUCCUCUCUUGGUGUGUUGAACCCAGUAGACGAAAGGGGUCAAAUAUAUUUCUUAUAGAUUUACAGAUCGGAAUUUGGUACAUUUCGCAGACAACUGUCUCAACAUCUGGGUAUGUUAUUCUUGUUCGUCAACUGCUCCCGAUAAUAAACCUGUGCACCUGCCA